UUCUCUUGUGUCAGUGUCAUCGUGCUUCGUUUCUUCUUGUGUGACGGACUUCAAACAUCACCAUCAUGGUCGAGCAGUUUGUUGGAACCUGGACUUUGUCUGCCAGUGAGAACUUUGAUGACUACAUGAAGGCCAUUGGUGUGAGCUUCACCACCCGGCAAAUGGGUAACAUGGCAAAGCCAAACCUAGUGAUCAGCGUGGAUAGUGCUGGCGUUGUUUCUAUGAAGUCUGAAAGUACUUUCAAGACCACAGAGAUCAAGUUCAAGAUCAAUGAGGAAUUUGACGAGACCACCGCCGACGGCCGACAAACUAAGACUACCAUCACUUUUGAGAAUGGCAAGCUUGUGCAGAAACAGACUUGGGAUGGAAAGAUGACGACACUGGAGAGGGAGGUUCAGGAUGGAAAACUAACAGCUAAAUGCAUCAUGGAGGACGUUGUUGCAUUACGGACCUACGUGAGGGCUUAAGUUGAGCCUGCAGCCGUCUACAAAGAAACCAACACAGGCCAAUGAAGUGUGAACUGUGGUUCUUCAGUCUGUACUUGUGCAUGAAAUAAGAUCUUUGUUGGACGCACACUCGCUUGUGUGGGUUCAACAUUCACUGCUGUUUGGCAUGUCAAUGGAGACUUUAGUCUUUGGCAUAUGUCACAGCAUAUUUUGACCUGUGUGAAAAGGAGCUACUGAUGACUGCUUUGUAAAGGUUGUUUAGGGAAAAAAAAUAAAUGACACAUGAAAUGGCAAAA